CACUGCGCUUCCCCAGUUCUAAGGACUGUCAUAUAAAAUGUUCCGGUUAUGCCCCAGAAGCCCUCGGGCGGUGUAUUUUAAGUGUUUCUACUGAUUGGCUCCAGAGUCCAGCAGAGGGCCGCGAAGGCCGGGUUCAAAGUGUCGCUCAAGCGGUUGCGCUGGUCACGCUGGUGAAACACAACUAUGCUGCGCGUUACAGAUAUACUAUUUAAGUGUGACUGUCUCGGAAUGCGCUCAUUACCAAACUCGUUUGAAUAGCAACGCUGGAAGUCGUCAAGGAAGCGUCGUUCAGUUUCGUUGCUGAGUCACAUCUCUACGACGGACACUAAACGGGCUGUUUGUACGGAAAACUAAGCCUGUUUGGAGCCCUUUAAUUUCUCACACUGAAAGAUGGGCGGUCAGGUCUCUAUCGAAAUCCAAGGCGAGGUCCACGUAGUGAUCGUCGGCGGAGGGUUCGGCGGCAUCGCGGCGGGACGGCAGCUCCAGUCCAAAGGGAUCCCCUUCACCCUCAUCGACGUGCGCGAUGCCUUCCACCACAACGUGGCGGCGCUGCGCGCAUCUGUCCAGAGCGGGUUUGCGCAACAGACAUUCAUCCCUUACGCUGAGACAUUUGGGGAGAGCUUCCGUCAGGGGCGUGUGGUCAGGCUGGACCCUGCCGCCAAAACCGUCAUGCUCGAAGGAGGACAGGAAGUUCAUUACACUCACCUCAUCCUGUGCACCGGCAGCGAUGGACCUUUCCCUGGGAAGGCCAACACAGAGUCGUCAUAUCGGGCGGCUAUUCAGAAGUACGAAGACAUUGUGAAGGAGGUUCAGCAAGCCGAUUCGGUGCUUGUGAUCGGGGGAGGAUCUACGGGGGUGGAAAUGGCUGCAGAGGUUAAGACGGAAUAUCCUGAGAAAAAGGUUGUUCUGAUCCACUCGCACGUGACCUUGGCUGACCCGGAGCUGCUGCCCAGUGUCAGGAAACAGGCUCAGGAGGUGCUGCUGGAAAAAAGAGUGGAGCUAUUGCUAGGACAGAAAGUGUCAAAUCUUUCUGAGCUGCAGUUCAACGUUACCCAGAAGAACAUGACUGUCCAAACGGACAAGGGAGAAAAGAUCUUGACUGACUUAGUCAUCUGCUGUACUGGAAACCGCAUCAACUCUGCUGCCUAUGUAUCUUCACUGGGUGAGUGUCUGGUGGAGAACGGAGCCCUCAAGGUUAACGAGCACCUUCAGGUGGUGGGUCACGAUAACAUUUACGCUGUAGGAGAUUGCGCCAAUCUCAAUGAGCCCAAGUUGGCGUAUCACGCUGGCUUGCAUGCGGGUGUCGCUGUCGCCAACAUCAUCAACAGCCUGACCGGGAAGCCUCUGACCUCCUAUAAGACAGGGAGUGUGACAAUGUUGCUGGCUAUGGGGCGGGAUGAUGGGGUGGGCCAGUUUAGUGGUCUGAAAUUACCCCGCUUUGCUGUGGCCAUGGGCAAGAGCAAGAGCUUGCUUGUGUGGAAGAGUUGGUACGAGAUGGGCCAGAAGCUUCCGGCAGGGCCUCCACCUACACAGUAGUGAGUCAAGGCCCUGGACCUUCCUUGCUUCUCUUCAGUCUCUGCUGUAGAUGUUGAUCUGCACACUGUGCUUAACCUAAGUCAAGGUUUACAUUUGCUGUAAUAUCUUCCCGUUUGCCAAAUUACAUAUUUUGUAUAUCCCAUGCUGAUUAUUACAAUUUAGUCUGUAUGUUAAAUGGAGCUAAAGCUGGUGACAAAAGCAACGAGUGUUUGAUAUCCUUGUCGUAUCAGUUUGUACUGUGAUUUUACUGUCCAUAUGUGUGGUACAUUGAAAGUCAUUGUGGUAGGUGUAGGUCAGAGGAGAACUUGCAAAUGUUUUCAUGGCAUUAGAUAAGGUAAGAUUAUAGCCAUCAAGUUAUGACUUUAAUGUUUUUUGGCUUGUAGGAUUUCAUUCUACGUUGAUAAUGAAGGAAAGGAAUUUGAGCAGUAGCAGGUUGUAUUUUUUUUUUUUUAAAAUGCUGAAGUUUAGCUGUUGAGUUCCUUAGGUUAUAGGGAAUCUUAUUCAAUUCAAAGUUUCACAUUUUAAAUCCAUCGAGUCCAAAUGUCUCUUGUUAUCACUAUCUGCUUGUUAAGUCAGGGUUGGAGUAGUGUGGAACAUCCUAGGACCAUAUGGUGUAAGUAACAUAGCGUUCCUUACUGUGAUCAUUCUCACCGUUUAUGCAGGACUACCUGAGAACAUCUACAACAGCAUACGUUCCAAAGCAAAUAACUGCACAAGCACAAAUUGUGUUUUCUAGGGGAUGGAUGUCGCUUUGGAGAAAAGCAUCUGCUAAAUGAACAAAUGGAACGAUUUUAUUUAACAAUAGAACGAUUUUAUUUAACAAUAGUUAAGGCCACUGAAAGCACAAGAUUGAACAUGCAGUAAGGGCUCUCCCUACGUCGUUUCGUGUUGCGUCGAUUUUGACUUUACGUCGGUUUUUUGUUAAAUGUAUAUGGAAAAAUACAAUUCGUCUUAAUUCGACUGAUGCGACUUUACGUCGGGCAGCCGAAAAUAUUAAAAAAAAUGUUAAACAAUUAAAAAAGUGUAAAAUCAAAUAAAAAUAAAUGUUAAAAUAUAUUGCAGUCUAUAAAAUCAAUUAAAAGGUUAAAAAUAAAAAAAUUGUCUCAUUUACCUGCCGUUCGGCGCCGAUAACAUUGAGUUCCGCCGCAUUAUUUGUUUUUUCUUUACUUCAGCAUUAAUUUAAGCGUAAUACACGUAAGGGGAAUGCUUAUUAGGGGUUUGUAGGGGGUCUAAAUCGGUUUUUUAGGGGUAAUUUCGUUUUCCGUCGUUUUUCGACUUAAGUCGCACCCUUUGGAACCAAUUAACGAUGCAGGGCGAGGUAUUACUGCAUUAUGGUCACCUGGCACAAAAACAGCAUUUUGCACCUCUGCAUAUUUAUGAAAUCAUGUUUAAUACUUAAGCCGGGUCACUAUUUUGUGCCAUGCUAAUUAGCUCAUCACAAGGAAUGUGUAGUGAACACGGUAAAGCUCUACCACACAAUUACAGGAACAUACAUAGCGGUUGGACAAUUACAUAAUAUACCAUUAACAUAAGGCAAUGUAAUGGUUGAAUUUGUCAACACUUUGCAAUCGAUUUGCAUUUAGUUCCUCACACUAUCCACUUCUGGAUGCUCUGGGUGCUCAUUCUUCAGUUGGAAGGUUACACAUCUCACAGCAAGGCCCAGUACGUAUACAAUUAGUCCCAGUACAUAUAUAAUAAAUUAACAGGAGUUUCUAAAAUAUUGAUUAAUUUGAAAUCACAUGCAUGAUUGCAGCCUCUACAUUAAAAAUAAAAUGCAAUGUGCUUCAA